CUUGGCAACAUGGAGACAAAGGCCUGCCCCUUUUUCAUGAGGAUUUCUCCGCGGCCAGCGUUACUUUACGUGUAAUCAAGAUUACUAAAUCGGAUUACGAUACUUUUAUUGUAUUUUAGCUCGUGGUUUUUGGCAGAAGUUGCGUGUGAAAUGGAUGGGUUUCAGCAAGAGACCUGCGGGGAAACUAAAUCGGCCAUUACCAGCUGGCGUUAUCGCCACCAUUUCACGUACAAGGCUGAUCAGGGUAAAAAUAUAAUCGUCCAAUGUAAUCUGUGCCUGCCGAGGGUUAAUCUGCUGUCCACGUCGAAAACCUCCACGUCAAAUCUAAAGAAGCAUUUAGACAGAACACACCUGGGCUGUGAGGCAAGGCCGGAUGCAAAGAGAGGAAGGAUAAAGGAGGAGUACAACGGUGAGGAAAGCAGACACUGUCAGCUUAAAAAACUCAAAGCGGAGAUCAUCUCAAAAUGUCUGACGCAGUCCAAGAUCGAUGACCUCAUCUUCAGCUUUAUUGUGGAGGAUUGUCAGUCUUUCUAUGUGCUGGACCAGCCUGGUUUUCAGAAACUGAUCAGCGGUUUGACAGAGGGGCUAAAGGUCAUGGACAGGGUGAGCCUGUUCGCUAGAGUGGACUAUGGCCUUUCCAGAAUGCGAGAGGACCUGCUUGCCAAGCUCAGAGGCGUCCAGUAUGUAUGCACCACGGCGGACAUCUGGACAGCUAACGACAGGAGCUUCUUUGGCAUGACGUGCCACUGGAUCGACGCAGUGACUCUGGAAAGGAAGUCCGCUGCCCUGGGGUUCCCACGGUUGCAGGAUAUAAUCACGUAUGACUCCCUCGCUGGGCGGAUACACGACACCCAUGUAUCUUACAACAUAGAAAGUAAAGUCCAGACCACGGUCACAGACAACGCCAGCCCUUUUGUCAGCGUCUUCAAAGAGUUUGUUGGGGACAGUCAGGAGAGGGACGAUGAUUUUGGGGUCUUUGAGAAUGUGGGCUCCAUACUUGAGGGUGAGCCAGAGCAGGACAUGCUGUUGUUCUUACCCCCUGUGCAGCGCUGUGCAUCACACAUCUUGGAGCAGAUAGUCGCUGAGGACUUUUGGCAGGCCAUCUCACAGGGGCCCAUGUGUCAGCUGCAUUACAGCUCAAUGACCAAGGUGUUCUCAAUAUGGAGCAAAUGCCACCACCUUCAGGUCGGGAUGAAUGUAGCCGAGGAAAUUGGAAAGAUGGCGCUGGUCGUCCCGGCUGUUAUUCGUUGGAACGUGGAGUACUGCGCCGUGCAGAAGAUCAUCUCUCUCAGUGAGCGGGAGCUGACGGAGCUCUGUGCCCGUCUGGAGGUCCCACGCCUGCAGCCGGAGGAAUCGGCUUUCCUGAAAGAAUACGUAACCGUUUUCCACCCUCUUGCGUUUGCCCUCGAACUUUUCCAGGCUGAGCAGAAAUGUUACCUUGGUCUCGUCAUCCCAACCGUCUUGAGCUUGAAGAACAAGCUGAACGAGCAGAAGGAAGCGGCCAACUACUUCAGCGAAGUCAUCAACAGCAUCGUCAUGGCGAUCGAUGUUCGAUUUCAGGAAGUUUUCUCCAGCACAGAGGCAAGGAUCGCCACGGCAACGACCCCUCAGUUCCGUCUGUGGUGGAUGCCGGCCUCAGAGAAGGAUGAGAUGUGCUCCCUUCUCACCACCGAGGCUUCGGAGGUGGACCCAUGCAACGUAGACGAAACCAACACCAGCCACAACCCAUCCACCAUAGAAUCGGAGGACGACUUCUUCAGCUACGGGUCUCCCAAGACCUCCACCCAAAUCCAGCAGCGAGGAGUGAAGGAAGAGAUCCGCAAGUAUGUUGAGGGAACAGGGAAGAGCCUCGAGUGUCUGCAGGAAUUCCCCAGAGUAAAGCAACUUUUUCUUAAAUACAACACCCCUCUGCCUUCGACGGCCCCCGUCCAGCGCCUCUUCAGCCAGAAGAGCAACCUCAUGACCUCACAAAGAAACUUUCUUACGGAUGACUACUUUGAACGCAUCCAGCUUUUACGAUACAACAGUAACAUCUGUCCUUUGAUAACAGAAUGACUUUUUCCCCACAGCCUUUCAAGUCAUACAGUUAAACCCUAAUACGCUAAGUCAUCGUUAAAUAUUAUGAAUAUCUUAUAUAAGGCACUUUAAGCCAGAUGUAUUUUUACAUGUUUCCAUUUCUUCCUGUUUUUAUAUAUCAAGCAUAAAAGAGACCAACGAUCAUCAUAACACCAUUGGUUCCAACAGUUAGGGAACAAAUAAAAGUCAAAUUUCUCUUUCAUUUUUUUGCCAUCCCUCCCCUAAGUUCACAUGUUGGAUGUUGAGGCUGAAUGUCUGUUCAAAUUUGAGAAUAAAACUGAUUUGGCUGUUCAAACUUUUAUUUUAUUUUUUUGCAUAAGGUAAAAUGUCUUUAGUACUUGUACAAUACCAGGCUAUACUCAAGUGACAAUAAAAAGAAAGGGGGCAUAUUUCCUCAAAUAAUUACAAAGUAGAAAAACUAAUACAGUUAGAUUUGAAUUCAUUUUAAAUUCAUUUUUUUAAAUGAGCAACAGCCUGCUAGGAAGUGAAGAAGAGAGGGAAAAAAAUACUCUAGAUGAAGAAAACAUUUGUGCUAAUCAGGCGUGGUCUUUUAACUACUCUCGUUAUGAGAAAAAUGGUUAAAUGUGCAGUCUGUGGGCAGAGGUGUCAUGUAAAGUACAAAUACUUUGUUACCUUAAGUAGAAAUUUCAGCUAUCUUCACUUUACUGCAGUCAUUUUUUUUUUUUUUUAUUCUACUCAUUACAUUUUUUUUGCAAUCAUCUCUACUUUCUACUCCUUACACUUUAAAAACAAACUCAUUAGUUUUGUUUCAUUUAAGCCAAUUGUUCUUGUGGCCUGUUUGUAUUUAAAGAAAAAUAAAAACCAUCAAAAUAAUUUGUUUAAUCCAGACAAUUAAUUUUGUUGUGGUUGGACUCGGUUCUGCGCCAACUUGUUCACCACAUACCAAAAUAAAUACGUUUUCAAGAGGAUGCAAAGUUAAAUUUGACACUUUUACCAUUAGUUAUAAAACUAAGAAAAUUAAGUUUAAGGAAGUCACCAUCCAGAAUUGUAGGAAAAUCUUUAAUAGGGUGGUACAGUAGCCAGUCUAAGGUUCAAAGCAGCUUUCCUUAUCAUUUAUCCUGCAUUACUUUUAUACUUUAAGUACUAUUAAAAUGGUACUUUCACACUUUUACUUGAGUAAAAAGGUUAAGUUGAUACUCUCACUUCUACAAAAGUGUUUUUAAAUAGAAAGAUUUAUACUUUUUCUUGAGUAAUAAACAUUAACACUUUUGACACCUCUGUCUGUGGAUCCAUCAAACCUGGACUCAAGGUUUGGCAAUAUUCUUCCACAGUAGAUGGCAGUAGCGAGACUACUGACAGCUUAAGCAUCAGAAUAAAAAAGUCUUAAAGUAUGAAGACAAAAUAAAAAAAAUCAAAAGACAGGGGAGCCAAAGAAUAAGGUGAAAAUAAAGGUAAAAGCACAACAGACACCAGAGGCUGCAGACUCACCUCGUGCCUCUGUUAGGGCAGCCAUGCAGAUGCAUAUUGGUUUGUUAGCAGAAGGACUUGAACAUGUAAAGAAAUGUUUACCAAAGGUGCGCCUCAUGCCAAGGGACAGUUCAUUAAACUUUGGCAAUGAUCCAGAACAUGUACGAGUUUAAGCUAAAAUCACAAUAUGGGUCUAAAUGUGCUGAUGGUGGAGGCCUGCAUUCUCUGAGUGCUUUUCUACUUUCAUAUCAGAUCAACAUCUUGCAGACUCACCUGCACCUGCAGGAUGAGAAUUGAAAUAGGCUUAAACUCCAUCAUAAAUAUUAACAGAUGUUGUUUUGUGUUCUAUUCCAACAUUAAAUGAUAUUUUACUAUUCUACAAUAGUGCUUUAAUUUGUUGUUUUUUAUUUUAUGUUUAUAACCCGA